CCCCUCUGUGCUGCCCAUAUGUCAAAGUCUUUGUGCUUUUCAAGACAGCGAGGCGACAGAAGGAAAAAAAACAGCUGGAUCCAAGGAUUCCUGCUAGCGGCUCCGCUAGCUGUUUCAUCCCCCAGACCAGCCACUUCUCCUCGGCCGCCUCUCUUCGACAAGCUGGGCGUGAGGCUGAUGAUGUGGUGUGAAGAUGGAGGCUCCUGAAUACCUGGACCUGGAUGAGAUCGACUUCUCUGAUGAUUCAGUGUAUUCUGUGACGUCUCUGAAGAGCAUCCCAGAGCUGUCGAGGAGGAGCGAUGGUCCGGCUGAGGAGAGACCAGCUCCAGCCAUCAACUGGAGUCGUGGCGUUUCCUCCCACGGUGGCGGGGGAAUCAAACCCACGGGGCUCGCCGAGGUCCACAGUAAGUUCCGGCCGGUGAAGAGGGUCUCCCCUCUCAAACACCAGCCAGAGACGACCGACUCAGACUCUGAUGGGAAGCUCCAGGGUCAGGGGCCGGGUCUGGGGGAGCCGGGGGAGGGCAGCAAAGACGACCCCGGCUCCGACAAGCCGACUCACGCCUCCUCCACCUCCUCGGACGGGCCGGGGGGGAAGGUGAAGGGCCUGGGCGGCGGCGGCGGUGUGGUUGGAGGGAACAACCCUCAGGCUCUGUUCGGGGAGCUGGAGCACUACGACCUGGACAUGGACGAGAUCCUGGACGUGCCUUAUAUCAAGUCCAGCCAGCAGAUGUCCACGCUGCCUCGCGUCCCCCACGACAAGCGCUCGGUGACGGGGAGCAACCUGGGGGGGGGCACCCUGGAGAGGAACCGUGGGGGAGGGCUGAAGAGCUCCGCUUUAUCCCACAACGAGCCUCUGAGCCUGGGCAGCAGCAGCUCACAGACUCCGUACUGUGUCCUGUCUCCGGUGAAGUGGUCGGACCUGAGGAAGUCCAAGUCGAUGGACCCGGACCUCCACCACCUGCACCGCCCCCCGGCAGGAGGAGGUUACCAGCCGGAGCUGCUCUCCUCCGGACUCCUCAGCUGCUCGUCCUCCCUCUCGUCUUUCUCCGACGCAGACAAGCUGCUGUCGGCGCGGGUUUACCCAGACUCCCAGGCCCAGAGGCCGGGUGUGGAGGCUGCGGGGGGCCCGGGGCUGAUGUUCUCCCUGCCGGGGUGCAGCGUGAGCAGGCAGGACGGCUCCAAGCCCUGGGCUGCCGGACCGGGAGGAGGAGGAGGAGCAGGAGGAGGAGGAGGAGGAGGAGGUGCAGGAGGAGGCGGGGGGCCGAGGGGGUUCGGAGGAGGUGGAGGAGCAGGAGCGGAGGUGGAUGAGGAGACGAAGAAGAACCAGAACAUCAUCAACAUCGUGAGAGAGGGACAGAUCUCCCUGCUGCCUCACCUGGCAGCAGACAACCUGGAGCUGAUCAGAGACGAGGACAGGAACAACCUGCUGCACAUCUCGGCCUGUCAGGGUCACGCCGACUGUCUGCAGCACCUCACCUCUCUGAUGGGGGAGGACGGCCUCAACGAGCGCAACAACCAGCAGCUCACCCCCGCAGGCCUGGGGGUCAAGAACGGUCAUCUAGAGUGUGUGAGGUGGAUGGUGAGUGAAACGGAGGCCAUCGCAGAGCUGAGCUGCACCAGAGAACAUCCCAGUCUGAUCCACUAUGCAGCCCGCUAUGGACAGGAGAAGGUGUUGCUGUGGCUGCUUCAGUUCAUGCAGGAACAGGCGAUCUCUCUGGACGAGGUCGACCAGCACGGAAACACGGCCGUGCACGUGGCGGCUCAGUACGGACACCUCACCUGCAUACAGACUCUGGUGGAGUACGGCUCUAACGUGACGGUCCAGAACCAGCAGGGCGAGCGGCCUUCCCAGAGUGCCGAGCGGCAGGGACACACCACCUGCGCUCGUUACCUGGUCGUCGUGGAAACCUGCAUGUCUCUGGCCUCGCAGGUCGUUAAACUCACCAAGCAGCUGAAUGAACAGGCAACAGAGAGGAUGGCUCUACAGAAACAACUGCAGAGAGUCAUGGAGCCCAACAAGGCCGAGGGGACGCCUUCCCGCUCUCCCAGCUCCCAUCAGCCCUCAGUGGAGGCGUGGCCAGAGAUGAUGCUGACGGCGGAGGGGACUCCGGGUGACGGUCACUGGCUGGUCCGUCAGGGAGGGGUGGGUCAGGACUCUGUGCUCAGGCAGCUGCUGGGGAAGGACGUGCCGGAGACGCUGUGUCCCAGGGAGAGGCUGCCUCUGUCGGGCGGCCUGAGCAGAGAGGGCCCCUGCGGCGCCGGGGCCCCCGGGGGCCGCAGGACGGGGCUGGUGGAGAGGAGAGAGCUCAAACUGGCGAGACUCAAGCAGAUCAUGCAGCGCUCCCUCAGCGAGUCGGAUUCAGACGGUUACCCGCCAGAGGAAGGAAAGAACCAAGGAGCCACGCCCUCAAGCACUCUGCGACCUGAUAGGCCGUCCCACCUGCCAAUCACAGAGGAGGAUCCGGUGUCGAACCACCUCCAUUUGAUGAUGAGAAAGCACCUCCCCGCCUCCUCCUCCUCCUCCUCCUCUUCCUCAGCUGAGAAGAAGCAGGCGUUUUCUGUAAGUGGCUCCAAGUCGGUCGACGGCGUCGGUUAUAACCCCUCCCCCACCUCCAGCGACCCCGAGGCCGCAGACGGCAAAACGCCAGACGCUUCCAGCGACCUCCACGACGCCGCCAACGGCCAGAAGGUCGCCACCAGCCCCAAGAGCGCCCUGAAGUCCCCGUCGUCUCGCAGGAAGACGUCCCAGAACCUCAAACUGAGGGUCACCUUUGACGAGCAGGUCCACAAAAGCUCCAGUCAGGAGGCGGAGCCAACCAAAGGGCAUCAUGGGAAGGAGAGGACUCCAACGGGAAGCUCGGAAAGCAAGCGUCCGUUUGGGACGUUCCGCUCCAUCAUGGAGACGCUGAGCGGAAACACAAAUCACAACAACAACAACAGCAGCGGCGGCGGCGGGGGUGGCGGUCCAUCGGGCUCUGCUGUCAAACUGCCCACCUGUCAGAACUCACCUGGCAGGAAGUCGGAGAGUAAGAGCAGCCCGGGGGGGGCCAAGAGCAAGAGCAAAACCAGUAACGUCUAACCACCCCAGUGCCUCCUGACGGGCAGAGAGCGAGCAGCAAGAGGCAGGGAUCAUGGGAAAUUUAUCACCCGUCACCUGAUUUUAAAUAUGUCGUGUGUUUAAAGUCGAACCACUUCCUGUCGGCGUCAUAGCAACAGGUCGUACACGGGAGACGUCAGACACUCGGUGGUCGCAGAGAUAAACCAGCAUCACAAACUGUUUCCACGAGUCCGAACCCAAAGAAAAACUUUCUCCAUCAGGCGACGUGAAGAUUAAUAUAUUUAAAAACAUGAUUUAAUAUAAUUUACAGUGUCAUUAAAACACGACACAAAUACAUUUGAAUAUGAAAUGAAAAUGCGUCGCAUCACGACACGAAAACUAAAUGAAGCGAUAAAAGACAGAAUAAAACUUCAAGUGACGAAAUCCCGCGUGAUUUCAGAUCAACGAGACGAGACUGGAGUUUUUUUUUUUGUCUCUUCAGCUUCAGUUUGUGUUUCUGCGUCGAGGUGGAAACGCUGACGCCGCCGAGGCUUGUGUUUGUUUUGGAAACAGUCACAUCAGCUGAUUACAAGCCGAGCGGGUCUCGUAAACAGAGUGUUUACGACCUGUCGUCCUGCCAGCCCCCCCCCCCCCCCCCCCCCCCCACCCCCCACCACCCGCGCACCACAUGUUUGUUCAUAACUGAUCGUCCAGAUGUGUCGAUCCACAUCUGUCCUCACAUCACCGCCACAUAAACACUAGUUAGAUUUUAAAUAAUGAACUCCAAACACACGUUUAACCUCCGUGACGAACAGCUGGAUUUCCUCUCACUUCUUUUCUUCUUCUGUGGUUUUCAUACGUGUUUAGUACAAAGUUUCUCAUGGUCUUUGCCUCGGAUGUUUGACUCUUGACAGACAGGAAGUGAAGGCUCUUAUUUUGUCACUGCACAGCGAAGAAGAAGAAGAAGAAGCUGUGGAGGCGGAAGGAUUUGUUUUUAUUGACGGACUGGAUGAAGGUUGUUUGUGUGUUAAUCGGCGUCCUGCAGAAACCUCACAUCUCCAUCACACAGUUGAUCGUGCAGCUGCGGCGUCGUCACAAUGAGUUUGUGUCUGAUACUAAAACAUUCCCAGAGUUCAGUUCAGUAACCGAAACAAAACAAGUGUCACAACCUCAUCAGUGUGUGGAGAUACAAGGUUUCUGUUCCUCUGUUACUGUACUCUGAACCACACUACAGAUGAACUUAUGAGUUAUUAGUAUUUAUGUUUAUGCACACAGUUAUGAUUUUGAAAUGUUUUUAAAAUGUGGUUAUAAUCAUGCACGUGGUCAACGUGCACCAGCACAACAAGUACUUCUAAAACCACUGUAUAUAUACUGUAGUAGUAUUUAAUUUUCUGUUUGUUUUUUACAUUAUAUUCCACACGAUUUUUUAUUUUUAUCUCCAUGGUAUUAUCUAUGCAGUAUUUUUGGCAUGAAGUAGACGUUAGUUGUGCGGCGUGUCGGAGACGUGAGGUCACAGCGGCCGACACACGGGCCCGUCGGCUGACAGACACGUUUCAGUUCGAGGACUUCUACGGCGUUCACGAGAUUCUUAAAGCUUGAAACACGAGACUGAGGCUGAAAUCUGAAGCGACACACCGACACUUAGGAGUUAAUCUCUCCUCAGCCGAGCGAGCGGCACAGAAUCUCUUAAAAGGUUUUCUUAGUUCAGGAAAAAAGAAAUUUACAGCAGUGGAAGAGAUUUCACAGCUGUAAAAUCCUACCGUUUCCAUGGAGACCGUUUGUUUGAUGCCAUUAGCAGCUGUGACGCCUGCGAACGUCUGACCUGUGAGACGGCCAGAAGGAAGGAAGGUGGAGUGAUCACGGAUCAGAAACUGAUAGCUGAUCAGAUCAGAUCUAUAGAGCAGAAAUCAAUUCCUGUAAGUGACUCCUGACUUUCAGAUGAGGAGGAAACAGAGAAUCAGAGAAAUCUGAAGGACUGUUUUUAUUUUAAGGAAACUCUUAAGGUGUUUUGAGCGACCGGCCGCAGACUCUCAGUCUCUGAGUGACAACAGAUAUUAAAACCAGAUUAAAGACAUCCUGAUCAUUUCAGGUUCACAAACAACAGGCGAUCAGUUAUAAUCAAUACCUUUUUAUCAGUUAGAAAAAGCUGCUCUUAUCUGCAAAGACUCACUAGCUCCCCCAAGAGGCCGCAGCCCUCAUCACAGCUCCCCGCACACACAGGCUGAACAGAGCCGACAAGCAGAGGUCCCCGUCCAGCACGAGGGAGGCGUGGCCUGUCGGCGCGGCCUGUCGGCGCCUCUGUGGUCCAGAGCGUCGGAUUCAAAUCCUUCAGAGAUUUUCUGUCUCUUUAAGAGUUUGAUACGAUGAUUUGAUCCUUCAGGACCGACCUCUGUGACGUGUUUAAAAACCAAAGACUGGAAGGAAACGACACUGAAUCUCACGGCAGCUCGUUCAGUUUCACCACUAAUGAGGCGGGAACCUCCUCCUGCCGCCACUUUUAGUUUUAAUGUGUGUGUGAGGUGAAAACACAGAUUACAGCCUCGGCUCUGGGUCACGUCUGUCGUGUUUCUGACGCACGUUCAUACAAUCCCUGUUACUGGUCCGUUACUGGUCCGUUACAGGUCUGUUACUGGUCUGUUACUGGUCUGUUAUUGAUCUGACGCAGCAGGACGUCUCCAAUCCAAACUUGUCAAACUUUCACAUCAGUCUUUCUUUCACGUUCCUGUCCGUGGUGCGUUCAUGAACCUGGAGUUUGGCUCAGUGAGACCUGGUUCCAAUUCACCUUCAGUAGGUUCUGGUUCUGGUUCCGGAGGGUUUACCGUCUCCACUGAUGCUGAUUUGUUAAAGGAACAGUCCGACAUUUUUGCGUCUUCUUUUUUUAAUCAGUUUCCUCUUUGUGUGUCUCAGACCAGAUACAGUACUCGGUCAAAAGUAUGUGGACGCUUGAACAUCCCGCCUCCACCUGAAGCUCAGUCGAACAUCGAACCUUUUCUGAGUGGUGCUGGUUUUGUGCUUCAUGUUGAAACAGGGACAAACACAAACGCUGUUCACAUUAAACCCUACUUUUACAAUCAGCUGUCGGUCGGACGUUUGGUUUGAGUGAGUUGACCUGAUUGUUUAACCCUCGGACUGCUGGACGUCCCGGUUCCUGGGAGACGCUGUGGGCAGCAGGUCUGUUCUCAUGGCUGCUGUCAGAAACCAGUCGGUGAGAUAACGCUGAUGUUAUCGGAGAAGUCUUUGCCGUCUGGUUUGAGACUGCGCUGUGUAGAGAUGACUCAGAUCAGAUUGUCCAUGUUCUCCGUGGUACUGUGAUUGAAAGUGAUGAUUUCUUUUGGAAGUAUGGAAACCAAGUUGUCCGCAUACUUUUGGCCAUUGAGUGUAAGUCUGUAGUGGCUCCAAACCUCUCUGUUGUUUCUAAGUCUUCCACUUCACUCCCAGCUGAUGUGAGCGACUGGUACCGACUGGGACCAGCUUAAAUUCCAGUGACUCCAGUAAGCACUUUGGAAACAUGGAAGGAGUUAAACACUUAAACAACGGCCUCAUUUGGCUUCAACUUUGGUAACACUUUAUUUUGUAGGUCUGAAUUUCUUCUAGUAGUUUCUGAGGAUGUUUCCUGUAAAGAACUUUGUAAUUUAGAUAAAAACUAAACAAUGUUCAGUUGAUUAAUUCCUUUUAGUCUGGACGUGACAAAAUAGAAGGAAAGUGUUUUUGUUUUUAGAAAAUUCAACAGCUAAUAAUAAAUCACUGAACGUUUCUCUAUUUUCUUAUAAUUACUAAAAGAAAAUUACUGUUUGUUUGGUUUUUUUUUUUUACAAGAAACUUUCUCUGAAUUUAUUCGUAAAGUUCAGAUGUGUAAAAUAAAUGUUUUCCUCGUGCGGUUUUUCUUCAGAUAAUCAGUGUUCAGUCUGUGCGGUUGAUUGUUUUUGAAAUGCAGUUUAUUAUUUUUAUUACAAGUGUCUUCAUCAUAACCACGCCCUCAGGACGAGGGGGAGGAGCUCGGCGGCUGUCGUCACCGUGGCGACGCUCACAGUGGAGACGAACUGAAUCGUACCCGUUUGUUGUGUUUUUAAUGAACUGUUCAGACGGACAGAUGUUGACAGAUGUUGCUGCAUCGACUCAGAUGUUUACUCAAUGCAAAAAAAACCAAUAAAAUGAGACAAUAUCAGUGAAA